AUGGCUGCGCAUGUGGAUGCAAUGCCAGAGCAGCGGCAGAAAUUGUAUUUGCUUCACUCUACUCCGGAAGAAAGGUCUACUGAGAGACUAAACGAAAGAACUAUCUAUAGAAUGCAACAUAACAUGGGGCGUUCGAUUGAGGAAAUUAACGAGAAGAGCGGAGCUACAGGCGCAUAUCAAGGAGAUAUUCUCUUAACAAAGGAUGAAUUGGGAAAGGUGGAAAUUCGUUCCAAAAGGCAGGCAAUGAGAGACCUUAGCAGAAGAUGGUCAAAUAAUACCGUUCCCUACAUCUUCUACCAUCCAGAUGAAAAGGCUAAGAAUGCCUUCACGAAAGCGGCACAAUUGUGGAUGACUAAGACGUGCAUUGACUUUGAAGAGCAUCCGGAUCCGAUGAAGACACAUAUUAAGCCACCUCGGGACUUCUUAGCUGUGGCCCCCGGAGAUGGAUGUUUUUCACAUGUCGGUAAGAACGGCCCAGGUCCGCAGGUUCUCGUACUUGGCAAGGGCUGUGAAUCGGUAUGGAUUGAAAACACUUCGUUCGCGUUAUAA